AUGGGCAACAGUCACAGUAACAACACCGACGGUGUCGCCAACGUGCGGCCUCAUGGCAAGCGCAACCACGCGUCACACCGGCGUGCUCAGCAGCAGAGUACUGCGCGAGACUCAGUCCAGUCGACUGCGGCUUCAGCGUCUGCCCCCUUGCCUCCUGCGGCACCCGCUUCCGUACGACGUAAGCCACAAACCCGCGAGCGCAAGCCGUUUAAAGAGCUGAUUACCGGCGAGCUGCGCGAUAUUAACGAUUUUUACGAUAUUGAGAAGAAGGAGCUGGGCCACGGUCAUUACGGUACCGUACGUGUUGGCAUAAGUAAAGCCACAGGCGAAAAAGUGGCCAUCAAGACUAUCCCUAAGGCUAAAGUGAGUCGUCCAGAGACAAUGCGUCGUGAAAUUAGCAUUCUUAAGACGCUGGACCAUCCCAAUAUUAUUAAACUUUAUGACGUUUGCGAAGGCAAUCGCCACCUCCACCUAGUUACCGAAUUAUGCACAGGUGGUGAGCUUUUUGACCGCAUCAUUGCUCGUGGUCACUAUAGUGAAGCUGAUGCCGCAGUGCUUGUGCGUAAGAUCUCAGAUGCCGUCAAGCAUUGUCACGACCGAGACAUUUGCCAUCGCGACCUUAAACCAGAGAAUUUUUUGUUUGCAACUAAAUCUGAAGAUGCCGAGUUAAAGGUUAUUGAUUUCGGACUAUCUCGUAUGGACGAUGGACUGAGUGCAGGAGUAAUGACGACGCGCGUCGGCACGCCGUAUUAUAUUGCUCCGGAAGUACUGGGUCGCCACUAUGACAAGUCAUGCGAUUUGUGGAGUAUUGGAGUAAUCAUGUACAUUUUGCUCUGUGGAUAUCCACCAUUUUAUGGCGAUACGGACCCAGAGAUUUUUGCCUCAGUGCGUUCUGGAAAAUAUGACUUUGACUCACCCGAAUGGACGAAUGUGAGUUAUGAAGCGAAGGAUUUAAUCAGUCAUCUUUUGUUGGUGGAUGCCUCCAAGCGUCUGACUGCAGAGGAAGUCCUGCUCCAUCCGUGGAUUUCAGGUGCUGCUCCAAGGUCAAGUAUGACACUCAACCCGAAUAUCUUUUCGAGCUUGAAACGCUUCACGGGCAAUAACAAAUUAAAAAAAGCGGCUCUUGGUGUCAUUGCUGAUUUGGCUACGGAAGGAGAGAUAGCGGAGCUGAAGAACCAAUUUAUGGCAAUUGAUACUGAUGGAAACGGCGUCAUAACCGUUUCUGAGCUCGCCGAGGCUCUUCGCGAUACGGGUCUUGGCAUGAUUGAAGAGGAGGUGUUGGACCUAGUGAAGGGCAUUGAUAUCGACGGAGACGGAUUGGUUGACUAUCCGGAGUUUUUAGCAGCAACGAUGAAGCGCAAUUUAUCUAACCAGAAGGAGCACCUGAUCAACGCAUUUAAUUAUUUUGAUACGACGAACACAGGCCACAUCACUAAGGCCGAUCUUGUACAGUUUAUGGGUAGCGAAGAACAGGCACAGGAAAUUAUUGACGAUGUCGAUGCAAAUGGUGACGGUGUCAUUAGCUUCGAAGAGUUUGUGGCCAUGAUGAACCGCAAGGGAUACGGUGACGAUUCCGAGAUGGACAACUUCGACGAAAACGCUUUUUAUUCAGCAGCUCAAUACAGUGCGGGCGACGCGUAUUCUUUGAAGGAGACUGAGCUGUAA